AGGUUUUUCUUUUUGCUGAUGUGGUUGAGUGCGCCGCCACCUUCCACCGAUUUCAUCUUUACCGCUAGAGUUUUUCUCUUUUUGUUGUAAAUCACUUUAGUGCAGCGAUUAUAUCGCAUUUUUUUGAUAUUGCGAAAUAGAACCAAGUACGUUGAAAUUAAUCGUACAAAACUUGUUUAUGUUUACGUACUUUUUUGUAUAGCGACGCAAUUUUUCUAGCAAAUUUUCACUUUUUUCCAAGCGAACCAUGAACGGCGCACACAUGGAGGCUGCUCAUCCGGCUGUUGGCCCCCCUGGUCAACCGGGAACUACGCCCGGUGUGCCACCAGGUCAGCAUCGGAUUGAACACCACACCAGUAUGACGUUCAAAAAAACAAACGAAGACCCCAGCAGGUACCAUUUCCACCUUCUGAUGAAAAAGAACCUCGACAUUCACUGGAAAAACGGGAAAUGGAAGCAGUUUCUGUGCAUUUUCA